CAGAAGGUUCUAGUUUCAAAAUCGACGUGUCCUUCUCUUAGUGUUGCGUCUAUACCAUAUAAAUUGGUCCCUUUAUUACAAAGUUUCAUGUCAUAGGAUUUCCCGUUCUUCGUUAUUCUUCUCACCCUCAAUUCAAAUUCUAUUCCUCAGAUUAGAUUAGAUACAGAAGAUGCAAAAGGGUAGAGAAGUUCGGGAUGGUAUUUUUGAACCAAGAGGGUUUGGAGAUUUUGGUGGGUUUGGAUUUCACGAAAGAAUGAUGCCAAGUCUUUUUGGAGGCAGGGACCCAUUUGACGAUCCCUUCUUCAGAGACCCUUUUGAUAGCUUGUUUGGUUCAAAUUCUGCAUCGAGAGCAAUGCAAAAUCCAAACAGAGAAAAAGGAGUAGUUAUAGAAGAGUUAGACUCUGAUGAUUGCCCUCAAGAUGGAGACAAUGAUUUUGAUCAGAAAAAAUCUAGAUCAACCGUGGAACCAUCGGUUGAGCAUCCAGAUGAUGAUGAUGUUAGUGAAAGGAAGAACAGUGAUGUAACAUACAAGAAUGACCUUUACAAGACCAAACCCUCAAAGGCUAACAAAUUUUCUUUUCAGAGUAGCAGAGUAACUUAUGGUGGAAUAGAUGGUGCAUAUUAUACUUCUACUAGAACCAGAAAGAUGGGGGCUAAUGGGGUGGUAAUGGAGGAGAACAAAGAAGCUGACUCAACAACAGGCCAAGCAACACAUCGGAUUAGCAGAGGAAUCCAUGACAAGGGUCAUUCGGUUUUUAGGAAGCUUGACUCAGAUGGUAAAGUUGAUACAACCCAGACAUUGCACAAUCUUAAUGAAGACGAACUUGUAGGAUUUGAAGAAGCAUGGAAAGGAAAUAAUAUGGCACGAUUGCCUGGAUUUGAUGUACAUAUGAGCGGGGUUUAUGUUAUCUCUCCCACAACUAUGAACAUAUUGGUCUCCUACUUUGUGGGACUUCUAAGAUUCCAGCAAUGUGAAGCAGAACAGUAACCAGUCUUGGCCACUGGCAUAUUUGGAGCCAUCUAAAGAAGAGAGGAAAUUUCCAUCAAACCCUGAGGCAGGAAACAGUUCAGCGGGAAGAAGAACAAAAAAAGUUAUUAGAAUCAAUAUUGAUUGAAUAUUGGGAUUUGGUAGUGGAUUUUGCUUCCCUUUCUGUCUGUAAACACAGAAUUGAGGUGUGCUUUAGUAUCUUCAUUAAGAGCAUUGUAACUUUGUCUCGUGUUAAACUUCUCUUGUAUAAUAUUAAAUUUUAACCAUUAUUAAAUCUCGAAGUUACAUGGUAAAA